AACGCACACCACUAAUUGGUUGCUUCCAACAACAUUUCUUUUUAUAAAGCAGCGAAAUGACCCCCAUGGACAUUCAAACGAAUAGCAAGUCGUUGCCUUGCCGGGUUGCGCAAUCUGUGGAGAGUAGUCCUCAAAUGUGGCCAGUCGCUGAGCCCAAGUUGUGAUGCACGACAGGAAGUCAAGUAUGUUUCUGUCAUACAGUGGACCAUCUUGCCGGCAAUUGAGGCUCAAAUUCAUGCCAUGCGAUUCUGGACCAAAGAUAAAGCAGGUGAUAAGCACCCCCGCAGUUCCAGAGCUGGAUCACAAGCAUCGUCGCCAUCCAACACCCGCCAGACUAUGCAACGAUGCCUUCGUCUAGAGGAACGCAGAAGCGGUCUAAUAAGCGAUCAUCCGCUUCUUCUUCAUCGACGAGCCAGUAUCCUACUGCUUGGUCUGAAUGGGAAUGGGACCUCGAAAAAAUCUGCUGGAAACGAUAUCGCUAUAAAACCGCAGAUGACUACGAAGUUGAUUACCAAGUUACUGAGAAGUCCGAUCAGACCUCUGUAGACCCAAGGGAUGCCCAAGAAUUAAAAAGUAUACCCGAGUCAAGUGGAUCAUAUCAAACAUCGGAGCAUUACACAACUUCAGCCAAUGCGGAAGUGGAAGCAGUCACCAGCAAAUUUUCGCAGCUUUCAACAACUCCCAUCAAUCCUUCAUACUACGCCAGUCAGACUAGCCAGCAGCCUGUAAGUAGCUUUGCUCAGUAUUCAACGAGCCAGGCACUUGGUUCGUAUGCCGGUCAGAGUACCAGGCAGCCCACGAUUAGCUUUUCUGAGUCUCCCAUGAAUCCGGUACCUGGUUCGUACUUAAGCCAAGGUAGCUCUCAGCUUCAAGGCGUGCCCACUCACAUCCAAACCCGUAACCCAAGCACGAAGCGAGAGGAAUUUUAUCCCGACUACAAGGUCCAUAAAGCAUACGAGUUCAGAUGGGGAAGAGUGUUCAAAGUAAUCUGGGUAGAACCAAAGGGCCAAGGGGGACAGGCAGCAAGUGAAGACAGUGAUGCUUCAUACACCCAAGGAGAAAAUCGAGAUGGGACGACACAAUUUCAGAAAGUUCGUCGCUUUGUCAUCAUCAAUGCCAGGAAAUGCCACUGCAUUUGCCUACCGAUAAAUACAUAUUCUAAGCAGGGUGUGACGAAACAUGGAGUUCACGCCGAGGACCAUACUAUUGCGUACUCUGAGAAGAAGCCCGUCUACUUCCAUGGAGAGAGAGACAAAGGUCUGACUAAGACGCCAAUCAAGAUUGUCUGUUCUGCGCGGCACAAAUUAGACGAGAGAUCUCGACUCAACUAUGCUAAGACCUAUACUGUCGAGUAUAAUGUCAAAGUUUGUUUCAUAGGGAAAGUCGAUAAAACGUCAGAGUGGCAUCUGAUAGCCGAUUUCAACAUCGUUCAUCCGCCUUUGGAGCAUCGUGCACCACCACCUGUUGACGAAGUCGCAAUGAAUCACGCCGAGGGAGGAUCUUCCAGCACCGAAUAUCCGACUGGUACGUCAUGGACUGGACGGGCUGGUCCUUCGACAUCGCUCAGAUAUAGCGCUCAGACAUUUUCUCCGCAAGCUCGCACCCUCUGUGAUAUUCAAGAUGACCAGGAAGAAGAUCGAGACGAUGAAGGCAAUGAGCCCGAAUACUCUCAAGGAGAAUAUUCGGGCGAUGGAGAGCGAUAUGAGGCAGGGUACGAUCACAAUGCUUCAGACGGCCAGCCAGAAGGAAGUCAUCAGGGAGCAAGUUCUGGACGGUAGUUUUCAUUUUCGAAUCUCGUGAGUAAUCUCUGAGCUCCUUAACAGUCGAAUUGUUGCUACUCGUGACUUUGUGGUGUAGUGCUUACCACCCUCACAGAUUUUGUUUUCCGCGACAGGCGACAAAUGUCGGGAAUUGGCGCUACUGCAGCCCAGAGACAUGUUCCCAUUUUCCACCUUUUGAAAGUACCUGACUUCCAAAGUCUAAACAUUUAUACGUUGGUGUUGCAUUCGCACACCGAGCCAUUGGCUGUUCCUUUCCUGUUAUAUACAUUCUCGAAUUAUGUUCUCAAACGAAGUUUUCUCUGUGUUUACAUUUCCUUAUCUAUACUGCCGUUUGGUAAUGGCUUAACAACAUCGACAGAUCGUGACUUCGGUUGCUCUGAGUCCAGUUUCAUCUUACUGUUCAGGUUACGAUUUCAUGAUCUCACGAAAUAUAUGUUUAUAGGCGGAUAUUUGUACUCAGUAAACACUUCAUUUAUCUUAUCGUUCAUGCCCAACACCACUGCAUACUUAUCUCACUGAA